AUGGUUUCUGCUGUCGCAUAUCUCAAUGGUACCUACAAUGUUAGUGGAAUUGUCCAUUUAACUCAAUAUACAGAGGACUCCCCAACCAAUAUAACGUGGUAUUUAGAGGGCAACACACCUAACGCUUUAAGGGGUUUUCAUAUCCAUGAGUUUGGAAAUACCUCCAACCAUUGUAUGGCUGCUGGAGGACAUUACAAUCCUUUUAAAAUGAAUCAUGGUGCACCCAAUGCUACCGUCAGACAUGUAGGUGACUUGGGCAAUGUCCAGACGGAUUCAUACGGUAUUGCAGAAGGUUUUAUCUUAGAUGAUGAGAUUAAAUUAUUUGGUGCAAAUAGCGUCCUUGGAAGAACGUUAGUUAUCCACUCAGGAACUGAUGAUCUAGGACUGGGAAAUAACCCAGAAUCAUUGAUAAAUGGUAACUCCGGUCCAAGAGCAGCUUGUGGAAUUAUUAAUAUCCUAUAA